AUGCCGACGAAGGACGAAAUUUUGUGUGCUUUGGCUGCCGCCAACAUUGAAGUGUCCCCGACGGCAACCAUUUCACAGCUCCGUCGCAUGUACGAGGAGAAUGUAGUGAAAGCAGAUGAGUGUACAGAGAACAAUGGGAUCUCUUCGCAGGAAAACACGUGCAUCGGUGACGCCAUAAUCUUAACCGAAGCUUCGCCGACGGUCGACACAAAGAUGGCGGAAUACACGCGAAACGGUGUUUGUAAAGACGACGCCAUUGAAAAAACCAUAGUUCACGAGAAAAUCAGUGAAGCCAGCCUUCGUGCCGAAAUAAUAGCCCUACAGGAAAAAAUUAAGGCAAUGGAGCUACGACAUCCCAAUACGGACGGAAAAUUGGCGCAUCCCGAAGAAGUAAAAUACCUAAUACCGGAAUUUUCCGACGGCCUUGGUAUCAACCAGUGGUUGAAAACUAUUCGGCAUAAUAGUGAAAUUUACAGCUGGCAAGACAGAACGAAAUUGCUGUACGCAAGCGGUCGACUAACCGGAGCGGCUCGGGAAUGGUUUGAUGGUUUCCGCAACACAAUAAAAACGUUCGAUGAGUUCGCCGAAGAAAUAAAAAAGGCAUUUCCCGACCAAGCUAACGAAGCUCUGAUACAUAGUCAGCUAGCGUCGGUGUCCAAGAAGCCAGGUUCCUGUUUUAAAUGCGGAAGCACAACUCAUAUCAUCCGCAAUUGUCCCGAGAUCACCAAACAUUCAGCAACAGUAGCUGCAGUUCAGGAUAAUGAGGAAGUUGGAGAUUUUGAAAAGGAUGGAAAUAUUGUUAAGCUAGAUCCCUUCCAAGAGGACAAACGAAAAACUACGAAUAAGGCGCAGUUUGAGCGACUUAUUUCCCUAAUCGAGCAAAAUGCUGAUGUUGUGGGUGACAGGAGUAAAGGAAGCGCUGCAUUUUGGGAAAAAGUAUCUAGCGAACUAAAUCAGUUAGGACCUCCCGUGAAAGAUGACUCUGGUUGGAAAAAGGUCUGGGCCGAUUAUAAGUCGGGGUUGAAAAAAAAACUCGCCCACAACAACAGAGAGUAUAGGGCUACAGGUGGAGGUCCAUGCAACUUAAGUACUUUUACUAUGAUGGAAAAACAUGCCAUUGACAUGCUGGACCUAAGGCGGUGUGUAGAAGGUACACCUAAUGUACCCGUUUUAGGUUUGGCAUGUGAGGGAAAUGAGCCUCAACCCGGAACAUCCUCACAAUCUGAACAGCAACGACAUCAGCAGCAAGAACUACUACUACCACCACAGCAACAACAAUCACAACAACAAUCAACAGCACAACAACAACAACCACCACAACAACAGGAGCAACAUUCACAACAACAACAACAACAACAACAACAACAACAACAAGAAAAUGAAGAUGAAGAACAUCUGCAUGGCACGCAAUUUCGUUUUAAAAAGAGAAGCAUUGCUGAACUUCAACUAUUAGAGUUUAAAAAAUAUAACAGACAUACAGAGAAAAUAGCGAACAUCAAAAUGGAAGGGUUGGAGUUGAAAAAGCAAUUGGUGGUAGCUGUAAAAGAAUACAUUGAUUUGAAACGAGAGAUAGCACAUAAGGAAUUAGAUUUAAAAAACAAAAUAUUUAAUUUUAAGUUUGAAUUAGCACAUAAGGAGUUAGAGUUAAGACAAACUAUUUCGAACAAGGAGUUAGAUUUAAAAGUAGAAUUAUCAUUAAAAAAAUUGGAAUUAAAAAAAGAAAUAGCUAAUAAGGAAAUAGAAUUUAAGCUAUCGAAACUAGAAUUAGAAAAAAAACGCUUAGGCUAGUUAUUUUUUUUCAUUACAAAUCAGUACAUGUAUACUUUAAUUUCAGGAAUAAAAUGAAUUCUUUUUUUCGUAUGUUGAUAAUUUGAAAUUUAUAUAUUUCGCAGUACGUCGGUGAAUGUUGCUUGCCACUGUAUAUUGUUUUCGAUGCACAUGUUAUGUAAUGCGCUAAACGUGUUAAUUAUGAGACCAGCCUUUUUUGGAUCAUAAUUCAGGCAUCUAUCAGCUUCUAACAGACAUCUGAAGCGUGAUUUGAGGAUCCCGAUAGUUUGCUCAACAAUUAUUCGUCCUGAUGAAAUUCUUGAAUUUUCCGCUGCUUCUACAGAACCUUCGUCCGGAUCACGAUGAGGUCUUAAAAGCCAUGGUUCUGAAGAAUAUCCUGCAUCUCCUGAAAAUUAUAAUACAGAUUAAAACAA